UUCUUACCUGUGUAUGAGUUCUAUUUUGUGUGUUUGUCUAAGAACUCUAGCAUACAUAAUGAUCAUUUGUUAUUUUGCGAUCAUAUAUUGAUGAGAAAAGAGCACAAAUGACAUGGUUUAUCAUAACAUGUAUUUAAUAGUUAUUGCUCUUGUUUCUCAUUCAGCUGUAAGCAUUCCUAGAUCUCCUGCCGUCUUGACGCUGAAUGCAACCAACCACAAGCAGUGGAUUGAAAAUAUCACGAUGAACUUGACCUUCAUGAAAGUGGACUUGGCCUUGAGAAUUGAUGCACCAUCUAAGCCUGCUGAUGAUGCUACUGAGAAGGAUAAGAAAUCUUACGAGGACUGGGAACACUCCAAUCGUUGUUGCUUGAUGCUUAUGAGAUAUCACAUGGAUGAAUCCAUUCGUGAUAGUAUUCCCAAGUCUGAAAAUGCAAAGGAUUUUCUUGCUGCCAUUAAGGAAAAGUAUAAGAAAUUCUCAAAGAAUGAGAAGAAUGAACACUUGAACAUGCUGCAUCACACUGUUUACGAUGGUUCAGGUGACAUCAGGGCUCACAUUGACAAGCUCAUGGGCCACUAUCAUAAACUUAAGGCCAUGGAUAUGGACCUUGGUGAGGAUUACAUGGUGUGGUUAGUGAUGGAGAACAUUCCAUCUCAGUUUGAUUCAAUCAGAUCAAGCUACAAUGCUCAGAAGGAGCAAUGGACUGUUGGGGAGAUGUCUGCUAUUCUUGCCAAGGAAGAGGAGGACAUGAGAAAAGGUAGGGCAAGAAGUAUCUCCAUGGUGACGAACCCAAACAAUCCUCACAAGAGAAAGUUCACUUCCAACAACUCUAGUGACCAAAAGCAUCCUAAGAAGAAAGCCAACCAUCCUAAAGGAAAUGGGCAAGCUAGCUCAUCUUCAACUGGUCAUAAGAAUGAGUUUUUCAAAGGGAAGUGCAACUUUUGUCAAUGCUUUGGGCAUAAGAAAGCUGAUUGUCGAAAGCUCAAAGCUCACUUAGAGAAGAAAGGCAGUGACAAACCGAAGAAGACCGAGUAGGUUGGAGGAGCAUGUAUACAUGGGAGACGAUACUAAAGUCAGAGUUGAAUUUUUUGGGACUGUUAGACUGCAGCUAAAUACU